UUUUUUGCUCUUAUGCCAAUAAAAGGCGUAACAGCCGCGAGUCCAAAGCAACUCUCAUACUCUUGGAAAAACUAUCGCAACUGGUAUUCCUUAGCAUAUGUGCUUCUCACUUUCAUUGAUUUGGGUUUUGUACUUUAUAAAGUUCUUCAUGGAUCCAUAACUUUUAAUACAAUAGAACCAAUUAUAUUUCAUAUUUCUAUUAUAAUUGUGACAAUAAACACUAUCAGUUUGGCAAAAAAGUGGCCAAAGUUGAUGUGUUAUUGGUCUAUUGUCGAAAACAAUCUACCGGAAUACAACUCACAAUAUGAGAAGCGUAGGAUGGCACAAAAAAUUAAAAUGGUGACCUUUGUAGGAAUGACGUUAUCUUUGGGUGAACAUCUUUUGAGCACUAUAUCAGUUAUACACUAUUCUAACUUUUGUCCCAUUACUACGGAUAAGGAUCCGAUAAAAAAUUUUUUUCUUUACUUUAAUGAUCAUAUAUUUUUCAUAUUUUCCUACUCGCAUUGGUUGGCAUUUUUUGGUAAAUUUAUUAAUGUACUUUUAACAUUUUCGUGGAAUUACAUGGAUGUGUUUGUGAUGGUUAUAAGUAUUGGACUCGCUUCCAAAUUCAAGCAAAUUAAUGACAAUUUGUUGAACUUCAAAGGCAUGGCAAGUGGCUUUAGACGUGGCACUCGCUCUGAUUUCAUUCAUAACGGCAGUUUUCAUGAAGCUGUGACACCAGCGCUUAUCAUCGCUCAGUGUUUCUGUUUGAUGCCAGUACGUGGGAUUAAUCACAAAACCGCCAAAGGACUUUCGUUUAGUUGGAAAAGUUUCCGGACAUGGAUGUGCUUGAUUUACAUAUUAACAACUCUAGUGGACACAUGUUUUACUAUAAAUAUGAUUGUUAAAUCUAAUGUGGAUGCGAGGAACAUUGAACCGCUUAUCUUUCAUAUUACCAUAUUGUGCGCUAGUGUAGAGUUUAUGCGUUUGGCAGUAAAAUGGCCGGGUUUGAUGCGAAAAUGGGAGCGUGUGGAAGGUGGUUUGCCGAAAUUCGCGAAUUGGCAGGAGCGUGAAGAAUUAGCAAGUACAGUUAAAAUACUACUGUUCGUUCUGGUUGUCUUGUCAUUAACUGAACAUUUGCUUAGCACUAUCUCUGCAAUACAUUAUGCUAACUACUGCCCCGAUCCCAAGCAUAAGGAUCCAGUUGAGGCAUAUUUUGUAGGAGUUUCAUCACAAAUAUUUAUUGUAUUUGACUACUCAACAUGGUUAGCAUGGCUGGCUAAAGCAGAAAUUGUAUUAAUGACAUUUGGCUGGAGUUAUAUGGAUAUUUUUGUGAUAAUUGUAGCGAUUGGUUUGUCAUCAUUAUUUAAACAGCUGCAACGUCAUAUGGUACGGUCACAAAAACAAUACCCAUCGGAAUCCUUCUGGACUACUUCACGGGAACAAUAUCGUUCAAUUUGUGAUUUGGUAGAAGACGUCGAUGAUGCAAUUUCCGGGAUUACAAUGAUAUCCUUUGCGAAUAAUUUAUAUUCUGUAUGCCUACAACUAUUGAAAAGCAUGAACACAAUGCCAUCGGUGGCUCAUGCAGUAUAUUUUUAUUUUUCUCUAUCAUUUUUACUGGCACGCACGUUGGCAGUAUCGCUUUAUCUAGCAGAAGUAAAUGAUCGGUCUCUUGAACCUUUGAAACUAAUUAAAUGUUUAUCCAUGAAAGAAUACAAUACGGAGGUAAAACGUUUUUACAGGGAACUCAGUACGGACCUAAUAUCAUUGACUGGAUUAAAAUUCUUUAAUAUAACACGAAAAUUACUUUUAACGGUCGCUGGAACAAUUGUUACCUAUGAGUUGGUAUUAUUGCAAUUUCAUGAAGAUAGGAAAGGACCAACUUGUGUUUUGGCGUCAUAA